GGAUCAUGAAAAAUUCUGGCCUAGAUCUUUGCCUAUCUCCAGUAACCUCGUCGCUUCGGUCUUGUUGUCAAGAUUCGACGGUUACUAAAUCUUUAGCCACAAAAACUAAGAAGAUCAAUGCAUUCUAUGAUGGGAAACUACAAGAGUACGAUCUCGUAGAGAUACAGAUAAGGGCAAUAAUAGAGAUGGCAAGCAAGGAACGUGGACUAACGGAGGUUGAGUUAGCGCCGGUGAGUCUGGAAUCGCCCUUAGGGUUUUCAGUGAAGAGAUCUGUGAAGAGAUUCUUGGAGAAGAGAAAGAAAAGAAGCAAAUAUUACUUUGCACCUUACAGUUGUACUUACACCUCCACGUCUUCCUCCUCUUCGCAUAAUUUCUGAACCCAAGUCUUCUCUCGAGCUCGUAUUUUUCUCUUUUGUCAUUUUUUCAUAUAGUCCACAAGAUGAACUUGGAUUUUUUUUUAUGCUUGUUUCAAUAAAUAUAUUGCAGUUGUAUAAAUUUGGAUCACUUGUAUUAGUUUCUUUGUUUAUGACAUUUCAUGUAUGAAUUGAAGUCUCACAUUCUUUUCCUGUAACGAAUGAUGAGAUUGGUCGUUUAUUCGAAAAUUU